AUGAAGCGACGAUUAGGAUUAUUGCUAUUUCUGAAGCUCUUCGGAGCUGCAGAAUCAAAUACUUACGAAUUCCCGGUUGAAUUCGUCGUCGACGGACGAAAUUAUAAGGUUUACGAGGAUCCAACCAAUUUUGAAGAAGCCAAGCAAAAAUGUGAAGACAAUGACGGCCGGGUCCUUCCACUUGAUUUGAAGGAUAAGGUCGGCUCUCGUCUCCACAUUGUCAAAAUCGGAGAACGAAUCUGGGAAUUGACAAAUCGUGACUACGACGAUAUAGAUGUUUGGCUGCCCCAGUACCUCGAAGGCGAAAACGCCGACGAGUGGGGAUAUGUGUACAAUAAUAUCUCAACCAUUUCCCUGACAGAGGAACAAAUCAACUGGGCGACAUGUGACCCGCCCAUGGAUUUUCAUCAAAACCAACCUGACGGCGAAGAAAACGGACAUUGCCUGACAUUCGGAUGGAACGAAGAGUACGAGGGCAAUCAAGCCGAGUGCUCGUGGGGCGUCUUUGAUAGCCCUUGCGUCUCAUCCACCUUCAAGAAGCCUCUUACUGUUUGUAUGCCCUUUGCUCAAGAUAGAGUGCAAUACGAUGAAAACCGACUUAUGCACUGCGAGUUUGCUGAUUCUUUCCGAAAUAUCACCCUGAACAUUCAAACGUCUACGUCUAAAUCUGAUGAUUAUGAAUUCCAGAUUUACAAUCUCAAACAUACACUCAACGAUGCUUUGGAUUUCUGCCUCUGUAAGAACAAGUAUCUGAUUCCAUUCGAUCUGUCGAACCCUCUCUCCGCCGGGUACUUGAACAUGAUCGGAAACGCGCUCGACAAGGACCUUCCAGGAUGUAAUAGAGGCUGUGAUAUGGCCAUGUGGCUCCCUUAUCAAAACAAAGCUACUGAAAAAUGGAUGUUUAGCUAUUUCAAUGAAUUCGCCGUCGAACAAGAUGCGAUGAGCUGGUCAAAAUGUAACGACACUGUCGGAAUCGAUCAUACGGACCAGCCAUUUGGGGAAGACUCAAAAUGUGUUGCGUACCAUUACAUGCCAGAAUACAACACCACUGAAGCAGAGUGUGCCUGGGGACUGUACGAUCAUCGAUGUUACAAUGACUUUGAAAAUUACUACGAUUACGAUUACAGACUCACUAUCUGUACUGAUUUGCCUCCUACCUUCUUUCUCCCACCAAACUGCCAACCGAAAAAGGAUACUGUCGUGCACAGGGAGAUCCGCAUUACCACACCUUGGGCUCCACGAGUCACUGUUGCUAUGACUGAACAUGUUUGGAUCACCUUCCCAGGCGCAAAUUUCCCAACAGUCGUCUCUGAUAUUUAUGCAAAUAAUGGAACAAUGACCGACACUGACUGGGAAGCCGAUUGGGAGAUCUACUUGUUCAUUGCAGAUCCUCCACAAGGUUCUGGAAGACCAUCACAAGUUGACAUGACGAUUAUGAAUCUGAAUACCAAUGAGACUUUCCAUGUCGGAGAGAUGAAGAAUUCCGACUUUGAGAUUCUCAACGUUGGUAAUAAAAUUUACUUGAAAGCAUGGUUCGGCCUCGAGGUCACUUACACUGCCGAUCAAUGGAAAGUAGAAGUAGAAAUUCCUUCCUGCUAUGGACAGCGUAUGUAUGGUCUUUGUGGUAAUUUUGACGGAGAACAUUCUAACGAUUGGAUAUCUGGGGAGAAUAUGCACCUUGUGGACUAUACUGAUACUUCUGCUGUUAUGCCUUUUACCACUGUUCAAGAGCAAGUCGAUUGGGCUCAGACCUGGGCGACCGUUGAAGAAGACGGUUGCAGUGCUGGCGACCCCCUUGAAAAGUGUGAUGCUGAAGACGUCAAAGAUAAGUGCUCGCCGAUCAUCGAGGGCAACCGAUUUUCUGAUUGCCGCGUCUACGUUACCGAAUCACUUACCAAUCAUUUUUACGAUGAUUGCGUGUUUGAUGUGUGCAUCGACCGUGAAUUGCGAUGUGACAUGAUUGGACAAUUCGUCGACACUUGUCUUGCCGUAAUUCCAUCUUUCCAGCUUUCAUACGGUCUUUGUAAUUGGGCGAACGCUUUGGACUGUGCCCCAGAGUGCCCAGCUAACUCGGCAUGGUCGGGUUGUGCUGACAUUUGUCGAGAUGUCAAAACCUGUGGUAACAAAGAUGAAAACGUCGACGAACGUUGUCUGGACACCCCUAGCUACACUGGUGCAUGCAUUUGUAACAGUGGAUAUGUGCUUGAAGGAGGCGUUUGCGUCCCAGAAAGCGAGUGCGGUUGUAUUUUAUCCAACGGAGCUUCAGUACCCAUCGGCCAUACAGAAACAGACUGCGAGCAGACUUGCGAAUGCUUCUCUUACGGAUACACCUGCCGAGAUUUGACAACCGAGGAAAAAGUCGCCAGAGGUUGUGAGGUCAGCUGUCAAACUCUUCCCCUCCAGAAGUGCUACGGAUCUGGUGAUCCCCACUACCAUACAUUUGAUGGCUUGAAUUACGAUUUCAUGGGACAAUGUCGAUAUAGAUUGGUUGAGACUGAACUUGAAUCUCUCUCACUUUUUGAUAAUGUGGUUCCAUUCCAAGUCGAUGUUGCUAUGCGAAGAGCAUGGGGAGAUCGAACUGCUACAAUGACGGAACAUGUUUGGUUCCAGCUUUACACUGAGAGCAUGAAAUCAGCAAUCAACGAGAAUACUACUUAUCCAUAUGAGCUUUAUAUCAACGUUGCAGAUCCGCCAGUGCCAACCGAGGCUAAACGGUACCCAACACUUAUCAACGCGUACAUCUACGACUUGGUCAACAAUAACUCGAUCGUGCUGGACGCUCAUACAACUUGGGAGCACGACGGUAUUAAAUUCGAAAAUUUCAACUCUUGGGCGCGCAUUACGACCUGGUUCGGCGUAGAGGUCAUUUAUAAAACGGCGGUGUGGUAUGUUGAGGUAAACGUGCCGCAAUGCUACCAGACGAAGACUCUUGGCCUUUGCGGUGAUUUUGAUGGGCAAAAGUCAAACGAAUUCAUCCCAUACAAAGUCAACACAACGGAAACCGUCGAAGCCAAUGUCUUUGGUGAUUCUCACAGAGUCGGCGAUUGGGAAGGAAGUCAAUGUAACGUAACAACGCCGCCUCCAGAAGAAUGCGAGCCGACAGCGACGACUGAAGAGGAAUGCGAACUCAUCGGAAAUGGUGCCUCUGUUUUUGGCCUGUGUCAUCAGUAUGUGGAUCCUGACAUAAUCGUCAGUGAGUGCAAAUUUGAUAUGUGCUUGGAUAACAGUAUCAAAUGUGGUAUCUAUGAGAGCUACAUUGGUCAAUGUAUUGCCGCCAUAAGAAAACAAGGAGGUGAAAUUCCAGCAAGCAUUUGUGACUGGGCAACGGACCUUCAGUGCGCACCUACUUGUCAUGAUGAAAAUGAAGUUUUCAAAGGAUGCGCUAACACUUGCGAUGAUUACCGAACUUGUGCCAAUUACAACACAGACCUUGACGAUUUCUGCCCAAGUGGUGGUAGCGCUGUUUCUGACUGUGUUUGCAAAGAUGGAUAUGUGCGACACGAGGGAAUCUGUCAGCCUGAAGAUAUUUGCGAAGAAACCUGUGAAGAUCGGCCGGACGGAGUUUGCACAGCAACUGGUGAUCCUCAUUACAAAACUUAUGAUGGAGGCCGAUUCGAUUUCAUGGGCACUUGCAAGUACCUCUUGACAGGAGUUGAUGACGAUAACGAAAACCCUGAUCGAGAAGGCCUUCCUGGGUUUGCAGUCUCUGUCAAACAUCGACAAGCAUGGUAUCCACUUACUGUCGCUAUGACUGAACAUGUUUGGAUCGACAUUCACCAGCAAAACUUCCGCGAUCAAGAUAAUGUCACUGAGCGACGAUGGGAAAUCUACAUGACUAUCCCUGAAGAAAAUAGACCGCAAGGACAAGGCAGCGGAAGACCAUCCUUCACACAACUCUUUGUUUACGAUCGAUUAAAUGACGUACUCUUGGAAACAAAUGAAAUGGUCAACAACGACUUUAGCGUGAUUAAUUACGGAAAUCAAUGUGUCCUUGAGACAUGGUUCGGUCUAAAAGUGAAGUACUCUGCUGAAAGGUGGCAGGCCACCGUUGAACUCCCAUCUUGCUACGAGAACCUUCCAAAGGGUCUCUGUGGUGAUUUCAAUCGGGAGAACGAUGAACCUGUUUCUACGCCUGAAGAUGCUUUUGACUGGGGCCAUUCCUGGGCUUUGACCAGCUUCAACUGCUCUGCUGGUGAGAUCGUCACCAAAUGCCCAGUCGAAGCAGAUAAAAUUGUUGCAGAAGAUCAUUGUGAACCAAUUAUUAGCGAAACUGGAAUUUUCGCAAACAGCAGUUGUCACGAUUACGUUGACCCAGAGUUUCACCACCACGAUUGCGUGUUUGACCUCUGUCUUGAUAGUUCUCUCCGUUGUGAAAUGAUCAGUGGAUAUGCCGAGGCAUGUUUAGAUGCCAUUCCAUCUUGGGAACGACAAGAGCUUUGCGAUUGGCAUGAAAAAGUGAACUGCACUCCUACUUGCGGAGCUAAUCAAGAGUUCAAAGGAUGUGCGAACACUUGCUCUGAUGUCAUCACUUGCUUGAAUAAGGACGAAGAUCACGUUGAACGAUGCGCUGGGAAAACUGAAACUGCUAGCAUGUGCGUUUGUAAGGAAGGCUUUGUUCUUUCUGAUGGGCAGUGUAUUCCAGAAACAGAGUGUGGUUGCAGAACACCAACUGGUGGCUAUGUUGCCCAGGAAUUUGUCUACCGUGACUGCAAAGAGAACUGCGUCUGUACUCCCGAUGGAUAUAUUUGUACUCCACUAACUGAGCAAGAGCAAGUCGAAGAUGGGUGCAUUUCAUUUUGCUUUGACGAACCAAAACAAAAAUGUUAUGGCUCAGGUGAUCCUCACUACCAUACAUUCGAUCAUUGCAACUUCGACUUCAUGGGACAAUGCCGAUACAGACUCGUAGAAGUUGACUAUGAGCACUAUGAUACCUUCUUCAAGAGAGUUCCAUUCCAAGUUGAAGUUGCUAUGCGAAGAGCAUGGAAUGACAGACCAGCUACGAUGACUGAAGCUGUUUGGUUCAACUUAUACCUCGAAGAUGAUGUUAUCAACGAAAAUACGACCGCAACUCAUACUCUGCAUAUCUACGUUGGUGAUCCACCACAGGGAAGUGGUCUUCCAAGACAAGUUGUUACAGAGAUCACUGAUAACACAAAGAUGGUCAACAAUACAAUCGUUUUGGGCGACUACGAAGUCUGGUCGCAUGGAGGAGUUACUUUCCAGAAUUUUGCUUCGCACGCUAAGAUUACAACUUGGUUCGGUGUCGAGGUCGUCUACAAUACGGCUGUCUGGUACGUUGAAGUUUUAGUCCCAGAUUGUCUCCAAGAAAGAACUUAUGGUCUUUGUGGUAACUUCAAUGGUCAGUGUUCCGAUGAAUAUUCGAUCAUUUAUGGAACCAAUAUCACCGAUAACACGGAUAUUGACAGAUGGGGCGACUCUCACCAAACAGCAAAUUUUACUCUUGAAGACGAUGCAAGCAUCUGCGGCCCACCAAUUCCAGUCGAACCGUGUGAUCCUGAUGCUCAAGACAUCAACAUCGUCCCUCAUUGUGAGAAGAUGGCAGAUGCAACUUCACUAUUCGGUCAAUGUCAUGAGCUUGUUACUCCUGAUAUCAUCGUCAGUGAAUGCAAAUUUGACAUGUGUCUUGACCAAUCGAUCGGUUGCAUGAUCUACGAGUCUUAUUUCAACCAGUAUCUUUCGCUCGCUGCCAAUGUUUCUACUGAGAUUUGUGAAUGGAGAAGCCAAGGACUCUCAGAAAUGGACUACGAUUGUUCUGUAGACUGUGGUGACAAUGCCUUCUGGACGGCAUGUGCAGACUCGUGCGACGAUUUCAGAACAUGCGAAAACCGAUUAGUUCCAGAUGAAGAGCACUGCCCAGUUCGAUCACGUGUCUCUGGAUGCAUUUGUGGCGACGGUUUUUACAGAGAAAAUGGCGCUUGUAUUCCUGAGGCAGAUUGUGGAUGUUUCAUCGGCGAAAACAACGAUGAGUACGUUCAAAAGGGAUAUCUUUAUGAUGAGUGCGAUCAACGAUGCGAAUGUCUUGGAAAUGGCAACUAUUUUUGCCGAGACUGGACUGAACAAGAACUUAUUGACAAGGGAUGCAUAACUGACUGCCGCCUCGAGGAAAAACAGAAGUGCUAUGGCUCCGGCGAUCCUCAUUAUCACACGUUCGAUCAUUGCAGUUUCGACUUUAUGGGGCAAUGUCGAUACCGACUUGUUGAAGUGGAUUAUGAGCAUUUUGAUACCAACUUCACUCGUAUUCCAUUCCAAGUGGAGGUUGCUAUGCGAAGAGCAUGGAACGAUCGACCAGCUACGAUGACAGAAGCUGUUUGGUUUAACUUGUAUCUGGAAGAUGAUGUUAUCAACGAAAAUACGACCGCAACUCAUACUCUCCAUAUCUACGUGGGUGAUCCACCACAGGGAAGUGGUCUGCCAAGACAAGUUGUUACAGAGAUCACUGAUAACACAAAGAUGGUCAACAAUACAAUCGUUUUGGGCGACUACGAAGUCUGGUCGCAUGGAGGAGUUACCUUCCAAAAUUUUGCCUCUCAUGCUAAAAUCACCACUUGGUUCGGUGUCGAAGUCGUCUACAAUACGGCUGUGUGGUACGUCGAAGUUUUAGUUCCCAACUGCCUCAAGGAAAGAACUUAUGGUCUUUGUGGUAAUUUCAAUGGUCAGUGUUCCGAUGAAUACUCGAUCAUUCAUGGAACCAAUAUCACCGAUAACACCGAUGUUGACACUUGGGGCGACGCACACCAAACUGCGAAUUUCACUCUAGAAGAUGAUGCAAGCAUCUGUGGACCACCAAUCCCAGUUGAACCUUGCAACCCAGAUGACGAAGAUGUCAAUAUUGUCCCUCACUGUGAACAGAUAGCCGAUGCUUCCAGCCUUUUCGGAGAGUGCCACUCUCUCGUCACUCCUGAUGUGAUUGUUGAUGAAUGUAAAUUUGAUAUGUGUCUCGACCAAUCAAUCGGUUGCAUGAUCUACGAAUCGUACUUUAACCAGUAUCUAUCGGUUGCGCAGAAUGUCUCUGACGAAAUUUGCGAAUGGAGAAACCAAGGUCUUUCGAAGAUGGACUACGACUGUUCAAUUAAUUGUGGCGAUAACGCCGCUUGGACCGCUUGCGCAGACUCUUGCGACAAUUUUAGAACAUGUGAAAACAGAUUUGUACCCGAUGAUGAACACUGUCCCGUUAGAUCCACUGUCUCCGGAUGCAUUUGUAACGACGGCUUCUUCCGAGAAGACGGCGAUUGUAUCCCUGAAGCUGACUGUGGAUGUUUUAUUGGUGACAACAACGACGAGUACGUUCAAAAGGGAUAUGUCUACGACGAGUGCGAUCAGCGAUGCGAAUGUCUUGGAAACGGAAACUACGUCUGUCGAGAUUGGACUGAACAAGAGCUCAUUGACAACGGAUGCAUAACUGAUUGCCGUCUUGAGGAAAAACAAAAGUGCUAUGGCUCUGGAGAUCCUCACUACCAUACUUUCGAUCAUUGUAACUUUGAUUUCAUGGGACAGUGCCGAUACCGACUAGUGGAAGUGGAUUAUGAGCAUUUCGACACCAAUUUCACCCGCAUUCCAUUCCAAGUCGAGGUUGCUAUGCGAAGAGCAUGGAACGAUAGACCAGCUACGAUGACCGAAGCUGUGUGGUUCAACUUAUACCUCGAAGAUGAUGUUAUCAACGAAAAUACGACCGCAACUCAUACACUGCAUAUAUACGUUGGCGAUCCACCUCAGGGAAGUGGUCUUCCAAGACAAGUUGUCACAGAAAUCACUGAUAAUACCAAAACCGUCAACAACACGAUUAUUUUGGGCGACUACGAAGUCUGGUCGCAUGGAGGAGUUACUUUCCAGAAUUUUGCUUCGCACGCUAAGAUUACUACUUGGUUUGGUGUUGAGGUCGUCUACAAUACGGCUGUCUGGUACGUUGAAGUUUUGGUUCCCAACUGCCUGAAAGAAAAAACGUAUGGUCUUUGUGGUAAUUUCAAUGGUCAGUGUUCCGAUGAAUACUCGAUCAUUCAUGGAACAAAUAUCACCGAUAACACCGAUGUUGACACUUGGGGCGACUCUCACCAAACUGCAAAUUUCACUCUAGAAGAUGACGCAAGCAUCUGUGGACCACCAAUUCCAGUCGAGCCAUGUGAUCCUGAUGCUCAAGACGUCAACAUCGUCCCUCAUUGUGAGAAGAUGGCAGAUGCAACUUCACUUUUCGGUCAAUGUCAUGAGCUUGUUACUCCUGAUAUCAUCGUCAGUGAGUGCAAAUUUGACAUGUGUCUUGACCAGUCCAUCGGUUGCAUGAUCUACGAGUCUUAUUUUAAUCAGUACCUUUCGCUCGCUGUCAACGUUUCUACUGAGAUUUGUGAAUGGAGAAACCAAGGACUCUCAGAAAUGGACUACGAUUGUUCUGUAGACUGUGGUGACAAUGCCUUCUGGACGGCAUGUGCAGACUCGUGCGAUGAUUUCAGAACAUGCGAAAACCGAUUAGUUCCAGAUGAAGAGCACUGCCCAGUUCGAUCACGUGUCUCUGGAUGCAUUUGUGGCGACGGUUUUUACAGAGAGAAUGGCGCUUGCGUCCCAGAAGCAGAUUGUGGAUGUUUCAUUGGUGAGAACAACGAUGAAUAUGUUGAGAAGGGAUAUAUCUACGACGAGUGCGAUCAACGAUGUGAAUGUCUUGGAAACGGAAACUACGUUUGUCGAGAUUGGACCGAGCAAGAGCUAAUCGACAGCGGAUGCAUUACUGAUUGUCGACUUGAGGAGAAGCAAAAGUGCUAUGGCUCCGGCGAUCCUCACUACCAUACUUUCGAUCAUUGCAAUUUUGAUUUCAUGGGACAGUGUAGAUAUCGACUUGUGGAAGUGGCUUAUGAUGAUCUUGAUCGAAAUUUCACCAGAAUUCCAUUCCAAGUGGAAGUUGCUAUGCGACGAGCAUGGAAUGAUAGACCAGCUACUAUGACAGAAGCUGUUUGGUUUAACUUAUAUCUCGAAGAUGAUGUUAUCAACGAAAAUACGACCGCAACUCAUACUCUGCAUAUCUACGUUGGUGAUCCACCACAGGGAAGUGGACUGCCAAGACAAGUUGUUACAGAGAUCACUGAUAACACAAAGGUGGUCAACAACACGAUCGUUUUGGGCGAUUACGAAGUCUGGUCACACGGCGGAGUUACUUUCCAAAAUUUCGCUUCACAUGCUAAGAUUACAACCUGGUUCGGCGUCGACCUUGUCUACAACACUGCUGUUUGGUAUGUCGAGGUUAUGGUUCCCAAUUGCCUCCAAGAAAGAACCUUCGGUCUUUGCGGAAAUUUUAACGGUGAAUGCUCCGAUGAAUAUUCAACAAUCUACGGAACAAAUAUAACAGACAACACAGCAAUCAUCGAUUGGGGCAAUUCUCAUCAGACAAUGAACUUUACUCUUGAAGACGAUGCAAGUAUUUGUGGCGCGCCACUUCCACUUGAAACCUGCAAUCCUGAUGAUGAGGAUAUUAAUAUAAUUCCGCAUUGUGAGCAAAUGGCUGAUGCUGAUACUAUCUUUGGACAGUGUCACGAGCUUGUCAAUCCUGACAUUAUUGUCAGUGAGUGCAAAUUCGAUAUGUGUCUUGACCAAUCUAUUGGUUGUAUGAUAUACGAGUCUUACUUCAAUCAGUACUUAUCUCUUGCUCAAAAUGUCUCAACUGAGAUCUGUGAAUGGAGAGAACAAGGCCUCUCCCAAAUGAGCUACUCUUGUUCUGUUGAUUGUGGUGAUAACGCUUAUUGGACAGCAUGCGCAGAUUCUUGUGACGAUUUCAGAACUUGCGAGAAUCGAGCUGUUCCUGAUGACGAACACUGCCCAGUUCAAUCGCGAGUCUCAGGAUGCAUCUGCAAUGACGGAUAUUACCGAGAGAACGGUGAAUGUGUCCCCGAGGCUGAUUGCGGCUGCUUUAUUGGUGAGAACAACGACGAAUACGUCCUGAAGGGCUAUCUUUAUGACGAAUGUGAUCAGCGAUGCGAAUGUUUGGGCAACAACAACUAUGUUUGCCGAGAUUGGACUGAAUACGAGCUGAUUGAAAAAGAAUGCAUUGAUGACUGCAGACUUGAAGAAUCAACACAAAAAUGCUAUGCUUCCGGCGAUCCUCACUACCACACUUUCGAUCAUUGUAAUUUCGAUUUCAUGGGUCAAUGUCGAUACAGACUCGUUGCUGUUGACUUUGAGGAUAUGGAUCGAAACUUCACAAGAAUCCCCUUCCAGAUCGAUGUUGCUAUGCGCAGAGCCUGGAAUGACCGACCAGCAACAAUGACGGAAGAUGUUUGGUUUGAUUUCUAUCUUGAGUCCGAUGUAAUCGACAACACCACAAGUCCGACUCAUUCUUUGGAAAUUCACGUUGUUGAUAGACCUCAAGGAUCUGGUCUGCCGUCUCAAGUAAGCUGCCAGAUUACUGAUGCAAAUGGAAAUGUUACCAUACUCGAAGAAUUGGAUACUUGGAAUCAUGGAGGAGUUGAAUUCUCUAAUUUUGGAUCCUUCGCUAAGGUUAAGACCUGGUUCGGCGUUGAACUCAUCUACAACACCCAAGUUUGGUAUGUUGAAGUAAAUGUACCAAAUUGUCUUCGAGAAAAGACUUAUGGUCUUUGUGGAAACUUCAACGGAGAUUGCGCGGACGAGUACAGCUACGUAUACGGAACAAAUAUUACCGAUAACUCCGAUGUCGAUAUUUGGGGUAACUCUCAUUUGACACAGAACUAUAGCGUUGAUGGUUCUUGUGGACCGACAAUCGAAGUUGCUCUAUGUGACCUAGAUGACAGUAAUAACGCUCACGUUGCUCCGUUCUGCGAUGUGCUUGCCGAUAGUUCCUCGAUCUUCGGCCUCUGCCACGACUAUGUUAACUUUGAACAGAUCGUUGAUGAGUGCAAAUACGAUUACUGCUUGGAUAGCUCAAUCGGAUGUGACAUCUACCAGGCUUUUAUCAACCAAUGUACUUAUGCCAUGCGCGCUGCAAAUGUUUCUACGGAUGCUCUCUGUGACUGGAGAGACGAGAUCACUAGUUGCGCUGUUACUUGUGGAACAAACGAAAUCUGGGCCGGCUGCGCUGAUAGCUGUUCUGACUUCUACACUUGUCCCGAAUUCCGAGCUCUGGCCGGAGACGAAUGUCCCGUGGCAGGAGAAGAAUUGCAAAAGUGUAUCUGCGCUCCAGGAUAUUACAGACAGGUUGUCGACGGCGUAGAAGGCGACUGUGUCCCUGAAAAUGAAUGUGGAUGCUUUACUGAUAACGGUGACUAUGUCCUUAUUGAUUGGGAUAAUACCGAAAAUGGUCAAAAUUGCGUCGAGGAAAGGUACUGUGAAUGUACAACAGAAGGCCUCAUAUGCACAGAUUACACUCCUCAAGACCUAGUGGAAGAAGGAUGCGUGGACCAUUGCUUCGAUGAGCCGAAACAAAUGUGUUACGGAUCUGGAGAUCCUCAUUACCACACAUUUGAUCACUGCAACUACGACUUUAUGGGACAAUGCCGCUACCGACUGGUGGAAUCUACAUCGUAUGAUCCAUACUUCUACAAAGUUCCAUUCCAAAUCGAUGUCGCUAUGCGCCGAGCUUGGGAUGACCGAACUGCUACAAUGACAGAACAUGUCUGGUUCGAGCUUUACCUCGAAGACGAUGAAGUUAAUGAAAACACCACCUUCACCCAAAGCCUAUAUAUCCGCGUCGGCGAUCCACCACAAGGCUCGGGCCUGCCUUCAUACGUCAUCACUGAGUGGGAAGAUCAUUUGACAGGCAAUGUCACGGAGAUCUCAGGAUUCAGCGCUUUUGAACAAGGUGGCGUAUCUUUUGAGAACUACGGAGGAUUUGCGAAGAUUACAACUUGGUUCGGAGUUGAGCUCCUUUACAAUACUGCCGUAUGGUACGUUGAAGUCAAGGUGCCUCAGUGCCUUUCACACGAGACGUUUGGUCUCUGUGGUAACUUCAAUGGAGAAUGCGCUGACGAAUAUACUUUAUUUGGAAGCAACGCGACCGGAACUGCAACUGACUUUGGCAAUUCUCACUUGACCCAUAAUUUCACAGAAACUGGAGGCUGCUUGGCCGCUGAACCUAGUGUUUGUGCCCCAGACGCGAACAUUACCAGCUUCUGCGAGCAGAUAGGAGAUAACAGCACAGUCUUUGGACAAUGUCAUGCCCUGGUCAACCCAGAUAUUAUUGUUGAUGAAUGUAAAUACGACGCUUGCAGGCAACCUUCUAUCAAAUGCGAGAUUCAUCAAUCGUAUGUCAACCAAUGCAUCGACUCAAUCCUUAGCCAAGCCAACAGUACUCAUGACGAUGUGCCAGCAGAAUUAUGCAACUGGCGAUCUGGUAGCGAAUGCGAUCUUCCGUGUGGCGUGAACGAGGAGUACAAUGGCUGCGCGAACACUUGUACCGACUUCUACUCCUGCGACAACAUGCCAGCUAAUAUGACCGGAAACUCAACAGAGGAUGCGACGUCACAAAGUUGCUUUAUUACGGGAGCGUGCGUUUGUCUGCCUGGCUUUGUGCGCGACCUAGAGGGCGCGUGUAUUUUAUCUGAGCAUUGCGAUCUUGUCGAAACUACAACGACUAUGAUAGAGAUAUCAACCGCGGCGCCGGUUUUCAAUGCGACCACAGAUGUUCCCUUUAUCGGCACAACGGAUAGUGUUGUCACAGAUAUCAUUGCCACGGAAGGAUACACUGUAGUAGAGAACACAGAAGGCUACACUUUUGGACCCACAGAAGAUGUUGUUACAGAACUUACCGAUGUCACUACCGGUAUCUUUACAGAUUCUGCACUUAUUACGUUAGAUCCUUUCACGGAGUCUUUCACUGAUGGAUUUACCGAGUCUGCAACUGAAUCAUUUACCGACGUCUUCACCGAAUCUGCAACCGAAGUAUUCACCGAUAGUUUCACCGAAUCUCCAACUGAAGCAUUCACCGAUGGUUUUACAGAAUCAGCAACUGAAGCAUUCACUGAUGGGUUUACCGAAACAGCAACUGAAACAUUCACUGAUGGGUUUACCGAAUCAGCAACUGAAACAUUCACUGAUGGUUUCACCGAAUCCCCAACAGAAGAGACCUUCACGGAUGUUACAGUACCUGGCGUUACUGAACCCGUUACUGUCGCAGAAGAGUUUACUACUGAUAGUUUCACCGAACAACCAUUCACUGAGCCUGGUUUUACUGAAGGCUUUACUGAAGGAGCUACUCAAGGAUUCACAGAAGUAACAGACGUUACCGAAGAUGUCACCGAUUCAGACAUCCAAACAACAGCCCCUAGUGUUACCGAAUUACCUGACACGACCACUGGGUAUGUAGAUAGUUCCACAGAAGAUGCAUUCACACAUUCUUCAUUCACUAAACAACCAUUCACACAUAGUUUCCAAACAGAGUCUCCUACAGACUCGACAGAUUUCAUGACCACAGAAGGAUACAUUUCAUUCACAUCAGAUACAGUCACUGAUAGCCAAGUCACACAAAACACUGCCACAAUCUUCGACUUUGCUACUCAAAGCCCAGACUUUACUACAGAAGAAACUUUCACACUUGGAAAUCCGACUGAAUCCCUAUUUACUGAGGAUUACACUCAAGAAAUGGUCUCGACAGAGUCUAGCUUCACGGAACAAACAGAUUUUUCUGUUGUAACUGGUGCAACGGAAAGCUUUACUUUGGCAACGGAAUCUUUCUUUACGGAAGGCAUGACAACAAGUUAUACGAUGCCUACGGACGCAGCUUUUACGGAAUCAUUUACCUUUGAUCCAACUGAAGCAACAGCGUCGUAUUUCACUGAAGAAAUGACAGUAAGCAACACGAUACCCACAGAUGCCACUCACACCGACUCAAUCACCUUUGGUUUCACUGAAGCAACAGACUCUGCCUUCACGGCGGAAAUGACAGAAAGCUUCACGAUUCAAACAGACUUGUCUUACACUGACUCAAUCACAAUCGAUCCUACUACAGAAACGGAAGAUGUUUUCACGAACGUCAUCACAGAAAGUUUUACAUUCGACGGAAUGACAGAAAGAACUUUCUCAACAAUUGUCUCAACCGACAAGGAAACACCAGGGCCGUCAACCAUCAUCUCGUCUUCUACAACGUUAUCCACGACAGUUUCUACAUCAACGGAAUUCGAAUUCGGCACCGUUUCCACCGUAACAGACAAGCAAACUGUUGAGCCAACGAUGACAAGCACUUCUACUAUUGAUGUGGGAACUUUUUCGACUGUAACGGACCAACAAACAUUAGAGCCAACAACUACGAUGUCGACGACGAUAUUCUCAACAUCUACAGAGAGCAAUGUUGGCACUAUUUCGACUGUAACGGAUGAGCAAACCAUUGAACCAACGAUGACAAGUACUUCUACUAUUGGUGUAGGCACUUUUUCGACUGUAACGGACCAGCAAACAUUGGAGCCAACAACUGAAACAUCGACUUCGAUAUUCUCAACAUCUACAGAGAACAAUGUUGGCACUGUUUCCACUGUAACAGACGAGCAAACAAUUGAACCUACGACAAUGUCUUCGACAGAAACUUCCACUAUUGAAUUCACUCUUUCAACCGUCACAGACAGUAACACAAUCGAACCCACAACGAUUAAUACUUCUACGGAGUCGACGACUAGCGAAGUAGGAACAAUGUCAACUGUGACAGACAAUCAGACAGUUGAGCCCUCUUCGACAUCGACAAUAUUUACCACAUCCACUGAAGUUGAAAUAGGAACCUUCUCAACUGUCACGGACAACUCAGGGGUCGAUACAACAUUCUCAUCCACUACACAAACCACAGAAUUUAUUACAACUACCUCAUUUACUACCUCAACAACAUCCACAACAACAUCUACAACCACAACAUCAACAACAUUACAAGCAACGACAUCGACCAUUCGUUCGACCCCAUCCACCAUUGUCACAACCACCACCUCUCAAGAAACCACUUCUAGUUCCACCACUAGCUCCACCAGUAGCCAAAGCACCACGACUGUUGUUAUUGAUUCCUGCAAAGGUAGCAUUCAAGACGCGUUCGUCGCAAAUUUCAGUUCCCUUGGAGCCGUUUUGACUGUGGAGGCGAUGGAAAGUGAUGACUGGUUCUCCCUGUCUUUUGCCAGUCUUCUCUCGAGCAAUGCUGCUGGAUUCUACGCACUCCGAUAUUCCAACUUCUACUACCACGCUCUUCAGAGAAUAAGCAUCAUUGAAGAACUCAACAUAUCUCAAGACGACACGAUUUGCGCUGCUUUCUCACAAAACUUCCAUAUUGACACUAUAACGCUGAUCGCAGAGUAUCAAUUGACUGUCGAAACAGUCGUUUGGGAAAUUCAUUCACAGGCAAUUCAUCUUGAAACCUGCUUUGCAACCAAUCAAUUUGCCAAUGAAACCCUCAAGGCAUUUGGAAUCGAAAUGGAAAAUGAAAGUGACCUUGCAAUUAUUACGAAGCUUGCUAUUUGUGCAUACACCAUGGAACACUUUAACGCUGCGACUUACUCGCUCUACGACAUAAACGUUUUCUUCUAUGCAUAUUUUGAAUUCUAUGUGAACUAUUUCGUCAGCUUUGGCUACGAAUUUACUGGCUGGGAGCUUUCACUUUCUGCUGAUGGUUUAGUUACUUACUGGAUGAAUAUUCUCAUCUUCAUCCAAUCUGGGUACUUCUCUGUUGACUUGGUUGACUGGACCUUCUUCUAUGACAUGACGGCACUUAUAUUCGAUUGCGCGACAUUCAGCGAUCUUCUGGCUGAAAUAGGAUGGGAAAAUAAUGAUUUCAGUUGCCAGGCCGAUUAUUUUGUAUCUUUCUGGGAGGUCGAUUACGAUUUCAACUUCGAGUUCAAACAGCUUUUCCUUUUCUUCGAAUAUCUGGAUCUUGACUUCAAGAUGCUUUACUACAUCAAAUACGAUCUUUCUGUGGCACUCGAAACUGGACAGAUGACCUGGUUCACUGGAAGCGGAUUCGAAGCGUAUGUUACCUUCCUCCAAGACUGGUGGGCAAACGUGUGCGUUAUGAAUCUGAUCAAUGUGUACGGAUUUGAUAUUAACAUCAACCAGUAUGUUGGAUACUUCUACUCCCCUGUAUUUGGAGCGCUCGCACAAAGAAUGUACUGUUUCAAUUUCUACGCUGGCUCCGAUCUUCUUGAAGGCUGGUUUAUCGCAUGGUCAAAUUUCGGUUUUGGAUUUGACUUGAUUAAUUUCGACUUCGGCAUUGAAGGCGUAGAAAUCGAGCUCGCUCCGCUUUCCAUCCAGCAAACUUUUAUCAUGCGCUUCUUCGAAAGCGACUUCUUUACAUCAUUCGGAUUCUCCGCUGAUUUCAUCAGCCUCCUACGAGUUUGGACCUUCUCAUUCAAGGGAUUCCGUGUUGGAGAAAUCCAAGCGUUCUUCUUCGGUGAUUUCGGGUUCAAUUUCAUCACGUCGAUCGAUGGUUACGCUGGAUUUGAAGCUGAGUUCGCGAAAUUCCAGACAAUAAUCUACAGUCCAGAAUUCGCUGUCUUCUUCUAUCAGCUUGAAGUACUUGCUCACAUUGAAGCCAAAUUUGUUAGCGGAUCUGUCGCCAACUUUGGCUGGGCUGAAUUCAGCGCUUUGGAUUUGAGCGUUAUUGACUUGAGCUUCAUUCGAUCAGAAAUCACUUAUGAUGUGCAUUUUGGAUGGAUCGAGGCCAUUCUUGUUGGCUUUGAUGUCAAUCUCUUCUUUGUCGAAGCUGACUUCUAUGUGAUCUACAGCGCAAUUUCUGUUCAACUUAUCGAAUGGCAACACAAUUUCUUCGUUAUCUUUGAAGGCGCUGCGUUCUCCUGGAUGCAUGAUAUUACCGGACUUACAGUCGGAAACAACUAUCUUAUCGAUUAUGUCAAGGAGCAAGUGCGAACUCUUACGUUCUCUUCAGUGACUUCUGAGACUUACAUCGCCGCUUAUGGCUCCUUCGCAAAUGGUUUUAUUUGCCAGAUGAGUGCCCUGCUCAAACUUAUAAUCGCUGACACUGCAACAUCUUACCAUCUUGGUGGUUAUUCCAUUAGCGAAUUCUAUGUUAGCUACUUCACUUCAAUGCAGAGCUACUUUAUUGGCUUACUUUCUUCAUCGGACUACGCCGUCGAUUUCACCUCCUUUAAUCUCAAUACCAUUGAUGCUUUCAUUGCGUCUCAGGACUUCAGUAUUUCCACAAGUGUUCUUCACAAUACCUACACUUUUGAUAUCUCGCAAACAUCUCUUGCCCAAUAUGUCUUUAGUUGGGCCCACCAGACUUAUCAAUUGCCUUCAAUGUCUGCUUAUGCCGAUUUUACUAUCGAGGGACGAUAUGAUUUCGGUCUCCUCAUGUAUUUCAUCGGUGGUUCUCAAUGGAUCUUCGAAGCUUCAGACUCUUACACUUCUUAUCAAGCUUACCUUGCGGAAUAUUACAAUACUUUCUAUCUGGAUUUGGAUGCAACUAUCAAGGAACACGAUUCUGCGAUGAUCAUAUCGAAGAUUUCUGAAAUCUGGAAGUUCCACGGUGCAAGAGUUUUCUUUGCCUAUUCCGAUGCAAUGAUGUACAUGUACAGCAACAGCUUUGAUCUAAGCUCUUUGAAUAUUGACUUGUUCGAUCUUAUGAACUCUUAUUAUAUCGCCUAUGAUGGAAUCUACUGGAUUUCUUCUAUGGAAAUUUCCACCGAUUUCAACGCCGCAUUUGUCAGCGUUAACUCCGAGUUCGCGUACGACUGGACCGCAACUAUCCAAACUCAAAUGUACAGCCAUAUCAUCCAAUCUCAUUUGUAUUCUUACGGAAUUUGGACAAUCGGAGAAUCACAUGAAACGAUCAACAGUCUCCUAAGCGUCGAAUCUUCUUGGACUGCUCUCGGGGAGAGCGAAUGGGACCUCUCAUCAACCCCGUCGCAACCUGCUCUUGUUUCUGCAUACAAGAUUAUUGCUGAUGCCGGAUUCUCUUCCUACAAAGUUGACUACUUGCUUACCUAUCAAUUCCAGGGAAUGUUGAAUUUCUUCGAAAUUUCCAGGGUUCUCUACGCGGACUACGAAGCUGAUACUCUCGCUAAAUACUUGAUGCAAUUUGAACGUCUCUUCAUGGGAUACGAAUGGGGAUACUACUACGAAAUCCAAGACAACUCUACUUUCACUAAUUUCGCAGCCGAUCUUGAGACGACUACUUCUAUUGCUGGAUACUCUGUUAAUUUUGCAUGGAUCGAUUCAGCCUGGUACAGUUACGAUUUCUCCACGCUCUUUGAUACGAUCAUUUUCUCCGGUUACCCUGUUGAUUGGUCUGCAUGCUCUGCUACUUGCGGAACGGAUGUCUACCAAUACAAAAAUAGAGCUUGCCGAAUCGAUUCCCAUCCAGAGUAUACUUUUGGAUGCAUUGGAGAUCUGCAAAAAGAAAAUCGUUGUCACGUCUCCUCGUGUGAAACUGACUUUAACGCAGAAAUCUUGACCAUCAAGCUUUCAAUCAUUAUCAAUAUGAAAUUUACCUUGACAACCGGUCUUAUUUCUAACGACAUGUUCGCAUCAAGCAUGACUAUUGACUAUGAUGCAAGUAACUACGGUAUGUUGCUCGUUUUCCAAAGCUUUGGUGAUGCAGAUUCUUCAUUUGGACAAACUAUUUCUGCCUCGAUGACUGAUGACACAGAUGAAACAACAACAACAACUGCUAGUACCACUGAAGAAGCAACGACCGAUGUUUCUUGCACCGCGAUCGUUACUGCAACAAUGGUUCUCGACAAAACUUGGACAAGUACCUUGGCAAGCUCUGUCGAAGUUGACUACACUGAUUUGGUCGCAGAAGUGAAGGCAGCUGUCGAAGCCGUUACGUUUGACAUUGGUGACUCAGAAUUCACAAGUGUUGAUGUAACAGGAUUCACGCAAGUCACAAGUGAUGCUCGCCGAAAACGCCGAGAAACUGGCGAUGUCGAAGCUUCAGUAGAUAUUUACUUUACAGCUACAACCCAAGUAAAAGAAAGCGAAGCUGAAGCUGCCAAGGAGGAUGACGCUACCUUUGAAGAAACUGUUACUGGGCUUGAAGAAGCUGUCCUAGAGUCUUUGACUGCUGGUGAUGUUGACAUUCUUGCCCAAGAUGUGACGGAAGUCGAGUCUGAUAUUAUCCUCGAAGAUGAAGAAGAAGAGGAUUAUGAAGUCUCCGCAACUGUGGCUGCUGAGUAUGAACAAACUAAAGAAUACCCUGAGGACCCAACUGCUACUUGUGAAGACCCUGUGGAGAUUGAUCUUAAUGAUGACUCCAUCGAAGAAGUUGUUGGCUGUGACGCCGCUGAGGAAGUUGAUGCCGGGGCAGAAGCUGCCGGAGAUGCUAUCAACGACGCUAUUGCUGACAGUGAUAUUGCUGAUGGAACAGCAUUGGUUGGAUCAGUUGCGACGUUGGUUGACAAAUUCGAGCCAGAUUCUUCAACUACAACAGAAAGUCCGACCACUGUCAACGACCAAUUCACACCAAGCGCACAAGACACAACUAUCGAAUCAACUUCUGUUUCUACGAGCACUAUUCAGUUAGAUAUUGAGAGCACAGUCUUAGAUCAGAAUACACCCGGCACUGAAGCAUCAACAACAACAACUACGACAACAACUACGACAACAACUACGACAACAACUACGACAACAACUACAACAACAACUACCACAACAACUACAACAACAACUACAACAACAACUACAACUACAACUACAACAACUACAACCACUUCAACAACAGAACUUUCCACGGCAGCUAGUGGAACAAGUACACCUAUAGAAACUACGUCGAGAGACUCAACUUCAACUCAGGAGUUAGGCACAAGCACAUUUGUGUCGACGACUGAGGUUGUCGUUGAGACGGAAGAGAAUGUUACGGACAAGAACACUCCUGGACCAACGGAGAGCUCUACAGAGUCCUCUUCUGUAGUUACUUCUACUGAGACUAUAAGUGAAACGACAGAAGAAACAACUACUUCAACUUCUACAACAACGUCAACUUCCACGACAACAGAAUUUGUGCAGCCUGAAUGCAACGAGCUCUGCAAAGAAGAUUGGUCUCCAUGGGAGCCGUGCUCUCAUGAGUGCUGGUCUACUGAAGAUGAAUUCGAAAAUGUUCGUCAAGUAAGAUUCAAGUGCUUCGAGAACGCUGAGUUUGAAACUUGUUACGAAACGCAACGAUGCUUCAACGAGACCCACAAAGAAGAAACGGAAUGUCCAACAGCCGAAGAGGUUAAAGCCGACUUAAAUGUUGAUGAUCUUGACGCGCUUAAAGAAAAUGGACUUGGUAUCAUUAACAUAUUCGUUGAUUUCAAGAUCGCUAUCUCUGAAAAAUGGAAUGAUGAUUACGCCAACCCUAAUUCCACUGCAUUUAACGUCAAGGCUGCCAAAUACACUGGAGUCAUGAGAGAGUGGUUUGACUUUGCUGGUGCUUUCAAAUUUGUUUCUCUUGAUCCUGUCAACAUGAAAAAAUCGGAUGUUCCUCUUGAGUGCGAUACGACCGGUGUACCAUCGAUUUCUGAUCAAGCAGCGCUUGAUGAAGAGUUGAUUGUCACUGAUGCUGAUGUUAUUUUGAAUAAUCCAUACAUUGAUGAGAUCGGAUCUGAUGGUCGACGGCGACGUGACAUCGAUGAAGCCGUCAAACGAAGCCGUAUCGAAUGCGCAGACUCUGACUUGAUCAUCUUCCACUUGCGAACGCGCCACAAAGUCGUGACGAGCUUUAGCUACACUGAAGUCAGCCAAGCUGUCCUUCGUCAGCUCUCUCCGAUUCUCAAAAAUUCCGGCGCACAGGUCGUCUCCGCAGACGAAAUGGGUGAAAAAAUCAAUGAACAACUGGAGGAACAAGUCCAAGACGAUGGCAAGCCACAAAACUCGAAUAACUUGAAUUUCCAGGCUUUUGGAAAAACACGGGUAACGAAAGAGGACAAAGCCGUUGUCGGUGAGUGGAAGGCCUGGGACAACAGCGGCUGCCCAGCGUCCAGAUCUGAGAGGACUCGCGAUUGCAUCAUUAACAACAACCAAGAAAAAGUCGUUCCAAAUGAAGAUUGCCUCGCAAAUGCGCCAGAAGGCACAGUUUUCGUUGAUGACCGAGAAUGUUGUACUGACCGAGAGAAUUACUCAGAAGAAGACGAGAAAGUAUGUGAAUGCAUGUAUCCUUGGUCGGCUGACGCUAAUGGAGACUGUAACACCUGCAUAGCCCUGAGACCGAUGCAAUUCUUGUGUUAUAUUUCCGGGGAAUUCGAUAAUCCCAAAGACAGCAGUUCAACCACUACUGCUCUGUCCCUACUACCUCUCCUGACGAUGUUCUGGCUCCACCUCAAUUAA